UCUAUUUUUUUUAUUGUUUAAUCUUUAUUGUUUUUUAUAUUAAAACAGAACUGAACAUGGGUCAAUCAAUAGCAUGUAAUCUACAGGUCCAUUAUGACCAGUAGAUGGAAACAGCUCAUCUUUUCCAUCAAUUAAUAGGCGGAGACAUGUCGUAGGAGGAGUCUCAGAUUGCCUCACACACCUAAAUCCUGUUCAUCACUCAGAAGCUGAGUGAAAAAAGCCAUAACAUAAUAUAGUAUACAAAAGACUGAAGUACUUGUAAGACAGGAUUGCUAAAACAUAUACUGACACCCUGGAUUAGACAAACACUCUCUGGUGAUGUCCACACUUACCUGAGCCCUCUAACACACAGUAUAUAGAUUAUUUGGCCACGGGAUCAAAGGCAUGCCAAUGCGUGUUCUGGUGACUGGUGGAUCUGGUUUGGUAGGCAAAGCCAUUGAGCAUGUGGUGCAGCAGGAGGGGGGGAAACGUGAGGGAGAAGAGUGGAUCUUCCUCUCUUCUAAAGAUGCUGAUCUCGUAGAUAUCGGGCAGACCAGGGCUGUGUUCGAGAAGUAUCGCCCCACUCAUGUCAUCCACCUGGCUGCAAAAGUGGGAGGACUCUAUCUGCACAUGAGGGAAAACCUACACUUUUUGAGAGACAACAUCAAGAUCAAUGACAAUGUACUACAAACAGCCCAUGAGAUGGGUGUCACUAAGGUCGUGUCUUGCCUGUCCAGCUGUAUCUUCCCUGAUAAAACCACAUACCCCAUCGAUGAGACCAUGAUACACAAUGGGCCACCUCAUGACUCCAAUUUCGGUUACUCAUAUGCCAAAAGAAUGAUUGAUGUUCAGAACAGGGCUUACUUUCAGCAGUACGGGCAUCGUUACACAGCAGUCAUCCCCACCAAUGUGUUCGGCCCCAACGACAACUUCAACAUAGAAAAGGGUCAUGUGCUGUCAGCGCUUGUUAACAAGACACACAAAGCCAAAAAUGAAGGAACUCCUGUGAAUGUGUGUGGAUCUGGAGCUCCUAGAAGACAGUUCAUCUUUUCUCUGGACUUGGGUCGUCUAAUCAUUUGGGUCCUGAGAGAAUAUGAAGAGAUUGAUCCCAUUAUCCUCUCUGUGGGGGAAGACGAUGAGGUCUCAAUCAAAGAGGCUGCGGACAUGAUUGCACAUGCUCUGGGCUUCAAAGGCAAAAUACAUUAUGACACCACCCUGUCUGACGGCCAGAUGAAGAAGACGGCCAGCAAUGCCAAGCUGAGACGCUACCUCCCUGACUUCACCUUCACACCCCUUAGAGAAGCUAUACAGAUGACGUGCGACUGGUUUGUGGCCAACUAUGACAUCGCCAGGACAUGAAGUGACCAAACACUGAGCUGCAUCGUCUUUACUCUAAUGUUUUUUGUUUGUUUUCUUUACUUCUGGUGUUAAGGAAGUUAAGUGCCUC